AUGCAGAUUCUCUCUCCACAUACUAUACCUCCAUCAAGCAGGAACAUAGGUACACUAAGCACAAGUAUCAUCAAAUGCCUGCAAAUCAAUCUUCAAAGGGCUGAGGCAGCAACAUCUCAUGUCCUCACGCAAGUUAUUUCCAACGACAUAGACCUCGUAAUCAUGCAGGAACCAUACUGUAGAGAAGGUCACGUCGCUAGCUUACCUAUUGCAUGGAAAAUAUACCAAAAGGAGUCCCCGACGGCAGAUCUUGCUCCUAGAGUAGCAAUUGCCUGCUGCAACCCCGCAUGGACACCACAAGUCAUCAAGCUGCAUAGGGAUUAUGUCGCCAUUCUAAUCAUUUUUGAAAAUAUGCAAUUUAUCCUUACUUCGGUGUAUUCACCACCAACAGAUGCAAUUGGCAGCACUGUCGCCCACAUAAGCGAAACAAGUAGAAAAUUUCCAAACACAGCUCAAGUCAUAGGAGGCGACUUUAAUGCCCAUCAUAUUAUAUGGGGGUAUAGUACCACAAAUCCAAAAGGGCAGGAGCUUGAAGAUUAUAUUGCGGCAAACAAUUUACAAUUGCACAAUACAACGAAUGCACCACCUACAUUCGAUAAUUCGUACAAUCAAGGAUGGCCAGACUUAACGAUCUCAACUUAUGAUAUUGCUAACAACAUACAUUCAUGGCAUGUCUCAGACUCUGAAAGUUGUUCAGAUCAUAAAUACGUAGAAUUUACUAUACAAACAGAUACCACCAUUUCUAUAAUUAAACGCUAUAGGCUGCCAGGUAACAAGGUUAGACAAUUGACCCAGGCCUUUACUCGUCUCCUGCAAGCAAAAGAAUUGCAGCUAGAAUCUUGCAACAACUCAGAACACCUUGAUUCCCUUGCACAAGGACUUCUAGAGGAACUUAAUGAAAUAUUUCAACAAAUUUUACCCCUCCGUACAACCAAGAAAUUACAAGGAAUCUCUUGCUGGACCGGCGAACUAAGGCAACAAAGACAAAAAUGCAGAGCUUUGCGCCGCAGACUAAGAGGCAACGUGGACGGAGAGACCAAAGCACAGAUUCUGACUACAUACCGGCAAGAGCGAGCUAAAUAUAAGAAGAAUAUUCUGCAACAACAAUACGAAUCCCUACGGGAUCUUACAUAA